AUGGCGGAUCCUGCCGGAGAUUGGUGUACUAUAGAAAGUGAUCCAGGGGUUUUCACCGAAUUGAUCAAAGGAUUCGGUUGCCAGGGACUACAAGUGGAAGAAAUUUGGAGCCUGGAUGAAGACAGCUUAAUGAAAUAUCAACCAGUACAUGGCCUUGUAUUCUUAUUUAAAUGGAGACCAGGUGAGGAACCAACAGGUGCUGUGGUGCAGGACAGCAGACUAGAGCAGAUUUUUUUUGCAAAGCAGGUAAUUAAUAAUGCCUGUGCCACUCAAGCCAUUCUUAUGAAAGGACUCUCUUUAAGUAAUUCGGAAACAAUCAAACAGGUGCAUAAUAGUUUUUCAAGGCAACAAAUGUUUGAGUUUGACUCUAAACUGCCAGAUAAAGAUAAUGAUGUGUUCCAUUUUGUUGGUUACUUACCAAUCAAUGGCAGGCUGUAUGAAUUGGAUGGAUUGAAGGAUGGACCAAUAGAUUUAGGUAAAUGUGAUCAGAAUGAUUGGUUGAAAGUUGUCAAGCCUGUUAUAGAACAAAGAAUGCAAAGGUAUAGUGCAGAAGAGAUUCACUUCAAUCUGAUGGCUAUUGUAUCUGAGCGUAAGAUGAUUUAUAACAGGGAGAAAGAAAAAUUGGAAGCUAGAUUAUUAGCAUUACAAGGACAGGGUGAAGUCAUGGAAACUGAUGAUGCGUCAUGUCAAAGUGAAAGUGAUAUUAAAUCCGAAAUAAGUCGGCUUAAUCUGCUAAUAAGCGAUGAAGAGCAAAAGUUUCGGAAAUACAAGAUUGAAAAUAUACGACGUAAACACAACUAUCUGCCGUUAAUCAUGGAGAUCAUUCAGGUGCUGGCACGAGAAGGGAAACUCGUAGAAUUAGUUGAAAAGGCCAAAGAGAAGGCUGUAGCCAAAAAAGCUGAAGAAGAAAAGAAAGAAAAAGAAAAAACGAAGUAGACUUAGCUUAACUAAUAGUUUAACUGCAAAAUUGACCCACUCUGUGCUUGCCAAAGGUCACUCUGGCAUCCAGUCUGACCAAUAACACUGGUUUUGUUUGUUUGCUUUGCCCCCUGUUGAUUUCUCAACUGCCAAAAGACUAUGGAAUAAUAAAUGUUCUAUGAAAUUUUAACUUCGUAAUUUUCAGCACUCUCAAAAAAAUCUGUUGACUGCCCUCUACAGGUGGCUGUAUCUACACAUAUUGAUUGCUUUCUUACAUGCAAAUGUAUUUUUGGAUUAUCCAAUUUUGUUAAUACCAGCUGCUCGGCGAUAAACAGUAAAAACAUAUUGGUGACUACCACUACAUCAUAUAAAAUGACAUAUCCAUUAAUUAUGUUCUUUACUUUGUUCUUGACAGCUCUAUAUAUUUUCCAUCCUUUCAGGCAUUGACUUAUUUCAAAUUAAAUGUAAAAUGAAUAACUUGUGAAUCCUUGUUUGAUCAAAUCUUUUUAAGGUUUGACAAUAAAUCCUAAUGUAUGGUUGCUAAGCAUUUUAG